UUAUGGAUGGAUAAAUAAUAAUUCAUCAACUAUUACCUAAUUUGCAUACAUGGCGUUUUACGGCGUGAAGACUUGAGGGCUGGUCAACAUUCAAGAUGGCGGACGAAGAAAAAGUCGAAAGCGGGGGAGAUAGUUCUGAAAAAGAAGAUGCUCCCGUAACAAAUGGGCUUCCCGAGUCUGCUGAAACUAAGCCUGAUGCAACGGCUGGCAGCAAGAAGAAAAGGAAAAAGAAAAAAGGUAAAAAGAAAGAUGAAGCAGCCGGACUUGUUCCAAGUCCACAGGCACUGGCUCAACUACAAAAGGCCAUGGGAAAGUUAAGUUUUAACAACGCAGUGACUGGUGGAAAAGGAAAGGAAAAAGGAAAUCUAUUUGACAGGAAAUAUGAGUUUUGGGAUACUCAACCCGUGCCAAAAUUGAGUGAGUAUAUGUAUCGAAUUAAAUAUUACAAAUGUUUAUUGUUUUACAAAAGGAGUAUAAAUUAUAUCAUGGUUUCCUGGGUUUCUAUUUUGCUUAUUUUUACUACCACCUCUUAGUCGGUAGAUAUACAAACAUACAAUUUAAACUAACCUAGCACAUGAAUUUCCCUGUUAUAUGAUUAGAUUAUUGGUAUGAAUGCGUAUGAUUAGAUUAUUAAAUUACUAAAUAAAUCUCAAGGCCGACUUUAUACACUACACAACCUUUGGCUAAAACUGUCGCAUGCAACCUGCUUACAACCUGAGUUCUACUGUGUAAAUCAAGCACACAACUUGUCUGCAUUGUUGUAGGUGAGUUGUGUGCUUGAUUUAUACAGUAAAACUCGAGUUGUAAGCUGGUUGCAUGUGACAGAUUUACAGACCUGCCAACUGUCACAGAUUUCCUGUGUGACUCACAAAUUUAGGCAUUAUCUCACAGACUCACAGAAAUAUUUUCAAAUCUCACGGAUUCGCGAUUUUGAAAUUUUAACCACCACUAGACUUUAAAAUGGGAGUGAUUGAUGUGAAAUAAAACUAGCCAUUGACAGUUAUUCUAAUUUGUAAAAAAUCCCCAACACUAUUAGUAUUUAUUUACUCAUUAAAUGCUAAGUAGCAGUCUAAGUACUCCGCCAUUUUGAAUAACCUAAGCGGUAUGCUCCAUUAGUGUAUCGCCCACGCAGAGCGGGAAAUUUACUGCAAGAAAAUGGCGGAAGCAGAAACUUCUCAAAUCGGCCAAUGGGCUAGCAAUUUCCUGUUUUAUAUUCACAUCAUCCCACAUUGAGGAACUUGAUUUUUACCCCCUCGUAGGAAUUUCCAAGGUUGGAAAUGCAGGUCAGUGGUUGAAAAUCAUCCCCUUCCUCUGGAAUUCCAAGGUUCCUCAACAGGGGUGUGUGGGAUAGAAAUUGGAAUAGUAUCCCGAAUUAGUAAGAUACACUCGUAUUGACUAAGACCAGGUUGAAUUUGCAUGUAAACUGUUGAGUUAAAGUUUUAUUUUGGAGGACAGUAAUUAUAAAUUGCUAUGUCACAGAACAUAGAUCAGGCAUCGACAGGCAAUGAUUACAGUACCGUAAUUGUCUUAUCCAGAAUUACCCCAGAUUUUCAGUAUUUUAUCUCCAGAAAUAAGAGAUUAAUCUCAAGAAAUUUUCUAUCAGAUCUCCAGAUUUGUUGCUGUUGGAGGUUGGCAGGUCUGGAUUCAGGCAAAGGUUGUGUAGUGUAAAUUGGCCUUUUGAUUUUGAUUUUUUAACUAUAAAUCCAGCACACAAUGCACUAGAGGUAAUAGAAAGUAGUUACCAAAUCUGUAGAUGUUUCUUCUGGGAUUAAAUUACAUUAAUGUUUUUGCUUCAAACACUCAGGAAGGGAACAUGGAUUGAAAACAUCAAGGAAUGACAUAUUAUUUCGGCCAAGAGCAAGAAUCCAUGGUUUUGUAAAUUAUACAUAUUCUGUAUGAGGUGUGGUUAGAAUCAAUGACAAUUCAUACUACAAUUACAUCCAUAAAUUUUGAUCUUUAACAAAUACUUUACUGGCAAAAUAAGACACAUUUUGCAAGCAACAUUUAAACUCACACAAGGCAUGUUGUACAUAUAGUUCUAUUAAGUAGUGACACUAUUCUGUGUAUUUUGUCAAGGGCUUCGAGUCACCUACAGGUCGAGUCACGCAAAGCUCGAGUCGAGUCAUUUCAGUUUCUGAACGAGUCGAGUCAGCUGCUUCACUUGAGUCGAGUCAGCGGCUUCACUUGAGUCAAAUCGAGUCACUGGUUUAAGUCGAGUCAAUAGCUAGACUUGAAUUGAGUCAGGGAAUUUGAUCAAGUCCACCCACACUUUCUGUAAUGGUUUGCUACCCUAGCUUGCACUCUGAAUUUAGUAAUCAAACUUACCUUUUAAGCUAAUCAAUUUAGUCAUUUAAUAACAGUAUCUGGGCAGCUAAUCUGUACCAAUAUCACAGUUCUAGUCAAUAUUAAGUAUGACUACAUGAGAUGUCUCAUCAUGCCUGCUGAUCGAGUGCACGUACAUACAACUAGCAUAACUUACAACUGGAGUCAGAAUUAACAAAGAAUAGACUUUAAUUAAUAAACGCUUUGUAAGUUACAUAUAGCUCUUCAUAAAUACCAAAAAUGAAAAGAGCCGGUCAGAAUUAGUAUAAGUACAAAACAUUUUGAGACUCCACUUUAAAAACUGUAGCACUAGCAUUGUUUCUAAAAACAGAAAUGUAAUAUACCUGUAGGCAUGCCCGUCAGGAAUACAUUUUAUGCAAAUCCCCAUAUAUUUUCUGAUAAAGUUUCAAAGUUCUCAUUGUUCUUCCCAAGCAAUACAAUCACAAUAAUUUUGAUGAAUUUAUUCUGUACAAGUUGUAGCUGAGUUGACUCGAGUCAUUUACGGCAAAAAUCAGCAAGUCGAGUCAUUGGGGCUGUUGAGUCAUUGGGGCUGUUGAGUCGAGUCAUUUUUCGUAUUGGACUUAAGUCGAGUCGCUGACAAUAGCGACUCGAGUCCGAGUCAAUGACUCGACUCGUUACAACACUGGGCUUCUCUUUUAUGUAAUGUCAACAAAUGCGAGGGCUCAAAGUAAUGGCUGAUCAAUAUAUUGUAGUUUGGAUUGCCAAAUUAAAACAAUGUUUUUGGACAUUUUUGUCUUUAUCCAAUGUGAAAUGACUACAAGUGUGUUUUAAAUUUUAGGCCACAUACACCUUCAACAGCAAAUCACUGCAUGCAUAUUGCAUACACAUCUAUUUUCAUGAUGUUCCAAAAAUCCGAGGGUUCUAAAAUUUGUAUUCUAAUUCAUGAGAUAUUUUUCAGAAAAAAAUGCAAAGCUGUAGUGAUAAUUUUGACCCUUAGCCAAUUUAAUUAACCUAGGCUUAUAUUUACUCAAUUUUAAUUAACCAAUUUCAAGGGUUCUUUUAAAUUUUUUUAUAGGGCCAGUAACGUCCCAAAAAACUCAAUCGUGACUUCACUGAACUAAAUAUAACUCCAACAUCAAAGCAAUUUUGAGAUGUAAAUGCUAAAAUUGUGAAGCUUACAGGCUCCAAAAAGUCUAGUAUGUAUGUGCAUGCAUACUAGAGGUGUGUGUUGGAUCGGAUUGGCCUCUUUGAAUCCAACGUUUUGUCCACGUUCCGAAUCCAAUCCAGUGUGAAGCUGAAAAAACGUAAUCCAUUUCAAUCUGAAAUUUUUUUAUUAAAUCCGAUGCUAAAAAUCGCAAUCCGAUCCAAUCUGAAAUAUUGUAUCUGUGAUCUGAUCUAGAAAAGCAUAUAAUUAUAUGUUACAAUUAUCUAUCACCAAUAAAAAACAAAAUCAUGGUAUAAUAGUUUUGUUUGUGGAAACACCACGUAAAUUUAUUACUGCAAAGCUUUCGAUACGUAAGCCCGGAUCUUCAUCAGUGCUAAUAAUCUAUGCUCAUAUUAUUAGCACUGAUGAUGAUCCCGGCUUACGGAUCGAAAGCUUUGCAGUAAUAAAUUUACGUGGUGUUUCCACAAACAAAACUAUUAUAUUUUAUCGCCAUGCAAACAUACAAAGAACUUAAAAUCAUGGUAGAUUGACAACCACAGAAAAUCGCAUUGAGAAUGUUUUGCAAAUGUAAAACCAACAAAGAAACAUAAUUACGUAUUCUUAUUCGUAUUCUAAACAUCAGCACAGAUAAUGGAAAGUGGGAACAGGGUGAACUAACAUUUUUCAAAUAAAAUGUUAAUCGAAGCACGGAUGAUACAAAGACUAUAUAUGGACUAUCUAAAUUGUUUUAAUUAUCCAUGGUCGAAGAAAAAAUUGAUGGAGAUCUUGUGUUUUCUUAAAAUUCUAAAAUCUGGACCAUAAUUGUGAAGCAGAUGGAAAAAGUUGAUGUAAAGUGGUAGAUUAAUUGUUAUUGUGUUUUUACGAGUUUAAAAUGAUGUUAAAUUAAAAAAUCCGAUCUGACAGAUAAAAAAACAAAAUCUGAUCCGAACACGUAAAUAUUUGGUCCAAAUUGGUUUGGAUGCACAAGGAUACAUUUUUUUUAUCGAUACGAGAUAUAUCAAAGAAAUGUACAAACUAAUUGUACAGAUAGGGUUCAAGGUUAAAGUAAAUUCCAUUAUUUAGUGACAUACUGUAAUUACAAAAUUGUGUAUAAUUAUGUCUAAUAAUAUUGUAUUUUGGUUGAAAAAUGCCCCGUAGUGAUACCCCUGAGUCAUGGCUCAGGAUUGGCUCAGGAUAUUCUCAAUAGUGGCAUACACUGUACAUUGGAUACUGCUGUGAACUGUCAAAAUACGUCUUUACUUGUCUGUAUCUGUGACAUUCUGUGUCUGUGACAUACUGUACAUAGAGAAGGGAGAUGCAUACACUAUACACUGCACUUCGUCUUUUUUCUAAAUUUGUUUAUUUUAUACAUAAUUUCCUAUAUACAGUAUAUAUAUAUUCUUUUCCUAUUUAUAUAUUCAUUUCCUGAGUAAACUAUCCUUACUUUUCCUGUUUUAGUUCACUGGAAAAUAUUUAUUUUAGUUAUUUAUUUUAGUGUAUAUGUUGCCAACUUGGCUAGCCAGAGAUAGAUCAAGGGAUGGAUGAUGGAUCUAGGAGUGGAUCCAGCCAGAGAGGGGGGGGGGGUUGCUUGUUGGGCUUCGGUUGUGCAAAACGUGAUGAGCAAGGGUGCAACCAUUGUCAUUGACUAAGUGUCUAAGUGGGUACUAAUCACUAAAGGAUGCUGGUAUGGCAGCAAGGCAAUAGACGUCUUUAUUCUUGCUUGACAACUUCACGAUCCUGUUACUAUCUCAUUUUGUUUCUCAUUUGUUUAUUUUUGCAUGUUUAAUUUAUAAAUGCGCCCACCCCACUAGAACUAGAGUUAUGCUGUUUGUUAGCAAAGCCUUUGAUUUAGAAGAUCAUAACAUUUUGUUGGAGGAGAAGCACGUCCCUAAAACCAUCAAGUAUUGUAUUUUUGAUUUCCUGACGAACCGUAAAGAGAGAGUAAAUUUAAGUGAUGACUUCCGAUUGGAAUAAAGUACCGGCAGGCCUCCCACACGGCACGAAAUUUCGCCCUUGGUUGCAGUUUGUUAUAAUUAUUGCGAAACUCAUUAAUAAAAAUAAAUCAUGAGCGUGAAGGAGUUUGUUCAUUCAUUUAUUUUAAAUUGUUGAAGAAUACGAAUGUUCUCAUCGAGACGUUUCACAAGCUAUAUAAAAAUUCCCGUCCGUUUUGUAUUAGACAUACAACCUCUCGCCUUCGGCUUGAGUUUGUAUAUUUGAUACAACAUGGCCGCUCUUGCUUUAUCUUAGCGUACAGGUGUUGACGACCUCUGGAAGUACGUGGAUGACUCAACUAUGUCUGAUACUAUGUCUCAGUUGGUAUAGAAACGAAACAAGUUUAAUUCGAAUAAGACGAAUUUGCUAGGAAGUCAAUAAUACUGUAGAUCGCCUUUAAUCAAAAGAAUCCAAAUGCAUAAGCUUCUCUACUGUACGUCUAACAAAGCGUUUCAACCCAUAGUUAUUAAUGGUAGAAAUGUUGAAGUUGCAACAUCUGCAAACUUACUGGGCCUUAAGUGGAAUAUUCAUGUCUCAAAUAUUUGCAAAAAGGUUAUGUUGGCAACCUAAAUUCGCACCCAUAAUAGUCGUAGAAUUGCUUAGCACUGUUUGAAUGCGCAAUCGUUACUCUGCACUGGUUUAAUUACUUGCUAUAUUGUUUAUUUUUUAGCCGAAGUUUGUCUUGAAAAUCAAGCUGUGGAAGCAGAUAAACCACUUGAGGAGAUCAGACAAGAAGAAUAUUCACUACCUCGUGGAUUCGAAUGGGAUACACUAAAUAUUGCUGACGCUUGCCAGGUAAGGUAUUUGCUGUUUUGUAAAAGACCAGAGGACCUUAAUCAGGGCCGCCGAGAGGUUGUGCGGGACCUGGGGCAAAACGUUCCCAGGAAACCCUAUGACGUCAUAAUUGCAUAACGGGAGAAGCGGUGUUUUACAAUAUAUUACAUUUUAUUGCAUAUUACCCGCCACUAACACAGCUAGGAUUUAUAUUCUCAGUUAAGCAAUCUUGUAUCAAGAAAUUUUAAGGGCAUUCAUUGCUUUCGAGACCCCUUUUGAGCUGUGACCUGGGGCAAUGUGACCCCGUCCCCUCUACUCUACCAUCCUCUCGGCGGGCCUGACCUUAAUACCGUACCUGACCGCACUCCUCCGCAGAGGCGUUUAUCAGUGACUUUUAUUUUCGUUAGUUUAACGCGCGUGCUUACAUUUUCCAUCUCUCGCCGUUAAGGCCCAUUUCCACUCGUGUAAAUCUAACCUAAUAGAGAGUUUCAAAUUUGACUUCCACUACCGCCACCAAUGAGUGACCAUUAGCCAAUCAGGUGCGUUUGAUAUAUCCGAUCAACCAAUCAGAUGUUUACUAAGCCAGUGAGAGGUAAUGGUAGUGGAAGUCAAAUCUGAACCUCUCUAAUAUAAUUAUAUAAACUUCAUGUGAAACUGAACCAGCGUGUUGCUGAGUUCAAGAGUGCGAUAUUAAUUGGGAAAGGAGAACACCAUACACUGUAUCUUGCAUAUACCAUUGACCUUCAUGUUUAUCUUGACCAUAUAGUCACGAAAUAUAGGACGUGUACUUGUUGUUCACGUACACAUUGCGACAUUGCAUGCAGGCUUCGGGAUUUUUUACGUUUUUCCUUCCAUGUCCCUUACGAAAUGACGGAUGUAAUGUCAUGUUUUGUGAGUAGAUAAUCCAUUAAGAUUUUGAUCGCAAAGUUGUUAUAACUUUUUGUUCAUUAUAUUCAUGAGCGAUUUUCCGGGUGGGAAACGUAUUCUUAUAAUGAAAAUAAGAGCCCAGCAUAAUGCUUAAUAUAUAGAGCCAUUUACACACAGAUAUAUAUUGAAAUUAUGCAAAUUUGUGCACAGCGCAUGAAAACAGUGAAUUUUUGACAUCAUGAAGCAAUCGUCCAAUAGCAUCAUCUUUUCCAAUCGGCCCUUUCGAUUGAAUUAUUAACAAGCAAAAUUUCAAAAGAUGUUUGCUGUGCAGUCGUCUCAAAAAAUGGUAGCUCAUUAUAGACGCUUUGAAAUUUUCCGAGUUUCCAAACCAGUGGCAGACACUGGGCUGAGGGUGGGGGGUUGCCACUCCCAAUAAUUUCUCCCCCUUCCCAAUAUUUCACCAAGCGUCCGCCACUGUUCCAGACUAUAUUUUGAUUGACUAUGACAGCGUUGGACCAUCGGAAUCGGGUGCUCAGUCUUUACACUUUUCUCUUCAAUAGUUGAAAGAGCUGUACGUUCUCCUAAGUGAAAACUACGUGGAAGAUGAUGAUAAUAUGUUUAGGUUUGAUUACUCACCUGACUUUUUAAAAUGGUACGUUUGACAUACUGUAAAUAGGCACAAAUUUAGUGUACUUAAGAGGAGAUUUUUUUGUAUGUUACGUAACACGCGCUCAAAACUAAUGCGUAUGAUAUACCACUUGGGGUUAUGACUAAAUUCAAAAUUUUUAUUUUUCGAUACGUUUGUCAAUCGGCAAACAAACUUAAAAAGUAUGUUUAGUGCUUUAUCUGUGAAAAUAAUGCUAAAAUGAAGAGAUUUUAGAUAGUACGCCAAAGAGAAAAUGAUGUCUGAAGUUCAGUAAGUUUUACAAUAUAUGGCUGUAAAUAAGGGCCCACAGUAAUUGGUAACAUAUACUGUUGUGGUGACCCUGCCAUGAAUGCAUGCAUGAUAAUGGCGAAGUUAAAUAAAUAAAUAAAAUAUGGCGUCAAUUUUAAAGAAUCUUUGAUAAUUGUAUUUUAAUUGACAAUUUUUAACUAUUUUUUUAUGUUUCUCAACCGGCAGAUGCAUAUAAAAAGGUUGCUAACUCUAUAAACUAGAGAAUAAAGCUAAAACAAAGUAAUUUUGAGAGGGACGCCAAAAAGAUUUUAGGUUUUGAACACUUUUCAUUGCAAAUACGUGACAUUGAAAAAAAUUGCCUCUUAAUCAUUUUAAAUAUAGGAUUCAUAUACUGUACUCAUGUACAUGCAGGGCAUUGUUUACCAGACUACUGUAUGUAUGUUUGUUUGCAGGGCCUUGAAGCCUCCUGAAUGGAAAAAGCAAUGGCAUUGUGCUGUCAGGGUAUCAAGCAACAAGAAAUUAGUGGGUUUUAUAAGUGCAGUACCUGCAACAAUUAAAAUUUUUGAUACGUAAGUAAAGAAAUUUAAAUUAUUUUUAUAAUCAUAUAGAUGGCAUAAUUACUCAAAUAUGAUUGGCUAAUGAUGAGGGCAUUUUUUUUCAAUGGCUUCUCGCUUUGUCCUUGCGGAUAAUGAUGUUAUUGAAGAAUUAAAAACUUGUAGUGAAAACCUGAACACUAGAAUUAAAAAGUACAACUUUAUUGGUUGGAGUAUUUAAGAAAUCGGCAGCAUUAAUUGAGGAACAUCGACGAAGACAUGGAGACAAACGAGGUUCAAGAACCUGACAAGUUCACAAUGAACUUUUGCCCUCUAUGCAUAAUAAGCAAUCGCACAGUUCCUCGUAAAAUUAAGGUACUUGUGUUUUCAAAGUUUCACAAAUCGCACUCGUCACUUCGCGACUCGGGCAAUUUGUGAAACUUUGAAAACACGCGUGAAAUUAAACCUUAAUUUUACUCGGCCCCAUGCGAUUACCUAUACUAAUCACCAAUGUUGUAUUAACUAAUUAAUAAAAGUAAUGUUACAAUAUUUUACCUAAAAAUUGUUGAAGUGAAAAGGCUAUACCGUGUACUCUAAAACACUCUGGUUAAAAAUCGUGCAUGGCUAAAAUUCAAAGCAAACUUCCUGGCAGCUUGUUUACAAAUUUGGAAAUGAUUCUUCAGAAAUCUUGUCUAGAUCGAUAGGAAUUUUCUUCUCUGAAGUUUUGAAAUAAUCAGAAGUGCGGAAAUACAGUAUGCAUAAACCAAAACAGCGGGUUAAAUUUUAACCGAGGGCUAGCGCUAACCUACCUUUGAACAACUGGCCCCUGCUUUAGUUUAUGUAUUUCUGCACGUCUGUUUAUUUCAAAACUUCAGAGAAGAAAACACUGAUCCAGACAAGAUUUCUAAAGAAAUAUUUCCAAAUUUAUAAACUAGCUGUUGGGAAGUUUGCUUUGAAUUUUUGGUUAACCUACUACUACCUAGGGUUAAGCUAAUCAACAUUUGAACAACCGACCCCUGGUUAAUAUUCCUGGUUAUUUUAACCUUUUGUGUUAUAGUUAAUUUGACCAGGACCUUCUAGUUAGAUUGACCAGACUACGUUAGGUGGAUUAAUUAUCAAUUAUAUAUUAUAAAGAUAAAAAUUAUAACGUUUAUAUUUUAUAGCUAUAUUUUAUGUACUAUUUAAAACACGAGCAAGAGUGCUUUAUCAGAUAUAAAAUACGAGGCGACAGCGAGUGUCUUAUAUCUGCAGAGUGCGAUAAUUCGCGCGUACUUAUACAUACCGGAGGUACGCCAAUAUUACGGUCUGCUGCUUCUGUUUUGUCAGCUACGUAGGUCUGCUGCUUCUGUUUUGUCAGGUACGCGAUACUUUUCUCAUGUGCGUACUUAACUUUUUGCUUGUACUGUGAUCUGUCCAAGCCCAAGUUAUUCAAAACCAUAACUUAGUGGGAAUAUGUGCAAGCCUAGCAUGACUGGGGUAGGUAUUUUUCGAGUUAAGCCCUCCGAGUUAAGCCCUUUUCGAGUUAAGCCGCUGCCACGCCCUUUUUCGCCGAGGGCUUAACUCGAAGUCAAUGGACCAUUUUCAUUAUAGACUAAAUUUUGAUCUAGACAAAAAUUUCAUCACAGCUUGAAAGAGCAUCACAAAAUUAGUAAUAUUCCAAAGUUUCGUUGCGAAAUGUUGUAAAAUGCGGAUAAUAUAGCCAUGCGAAAUUUGCAAUUUUCAGUCAUUUUGUAUUACAAACGGGAAAUUGAUGCCCCAACACCCGAUUGGGCUGUCAAUUCCCCGUGCGUAAUACAAAAUGACUGAAAAACGGCAAACUUCGCAUGGCUAUAUUAUCCGCAUUUUACAACAAUUCGCAACGAAACUUUGGAAUAUUACUAAUUUUGUGAUGCUCUUUCAAGCUGUGAUGAAAUUUUUGUCUAGAUCAAAAUUUAGUCUAUAAUGCAAAUGGUCCAUUAACGAUUUAAGCAUUCGAGUUAAGCCCCGACAUUUGGUGGAUGUAAACAAGUGACGCGUGUACAUAUUGGCAAAUAUAUGUAAGGAGGGAGAAUGUAAAAUUUCAACAAUUUUAAGAAAUAUAUUUUACUUAGAUCUCUGUUGCUUUGCCUACAGUUUUAUACAGACAAUGAAAUCGUGAAACGAGAGAGUUCAGUAAGGAUUUGUAAACAACAGCUCAUUCAGGGCGGCAAUUACGGCUUUAAAAACUAAAUAAUGUAUUAUUUAGCCCUUAUUGAGCUCUCUCGUUUCACGAUGUCAUUGUCUGUAUAAAACUGUAGGCAAAGCAACAGAGAUCUAAGUAAAAUAUAUUUCUUAAAAUUGCUGAAAUUUUACAUUCUCCCUCCUUACAUAUAUUUGCCAAUAUUUUUUCGAGUAUACACGCGUCAUUUGUUUACAUCCACCAAAUGUCGAGGCUUAACUCGAAUGCUUAAAUCGUUAAUUGACUUCGAGUUAAGCCCCGGCGAAAAAGGGCGUGGCGGGUGCUUAACUCUUAAAGGGCUUAACUCGAAGGGCUUAACUCGAAAAAUACCUACCCCGCAUGACUGGGCAUUAAACAUGAUUGGACUGUUAUGGCGAUGGGACAAAGGAAUGUUAGAGUCGAUCGUAGUAUUUGUGUAUCUAACUACUAGUUUCAGCUUACUGAAUGAAUACCUUUCAGAAAGCUGUACAUUUUGUACUUCAUUCUAAAGACUAAGUGCACCUUGAGUCUUAAGUUUGUACCAGCUCAAGUACGCGGCAAUAAUCAUUGGAGUAGUACUGUAGUCAGAUACUACUAAACGUUUUGAAUUAUCACACCUUGAUCUGGUAAAGCACUCCUGCUCGUGUUUUAAUUGGCUUAAAAGGCGACACAUCCUGCGAAUUCACUGGCGAAGGUAAAAUAAAUUGUAUACUGUAACUCCAUUAUUGCGAAGAUUUGCAAUAUAUUUUUCAAAGUAGAAUUUAGAGAUUUGGAUUUUUAUUUCCAUGUUUUAUAGGGAGAAGCAAGUAGUUGAGAUAAAUUUUCUCUGUGUACACAAAAAAUUGCGUGAGAAACGUGUCGCUCCGGUCCUUAUCCGUGAAAUCACCAGAAGAGUAAACUUGCAAGGAAUAUUUCAAGCUGUCUAUACUGCUGGCGUUGUCCUACCCAAACCAGUUGCUACUUGCAGGUUUGUAUCAGUGAUUCCUUUUACUUUGAUCAAACGGCUUGAAAACUGUGCAGAAAAGUUACAAUACACGCUUCCGGAAAGGAAGUCACUAAUUUCACACGAAAAGAGGCUCUAUAGCCAAGGUGAUGUAUUUUCCGAAAAGGUAUAUUAUGGUGGGAUACGUUCACAUGCACCGUACCAGUUCGCGCUCCCAAUUUCAGCGUCAUCUUCAUCUGGCGUAUGUAACUUAUUUAAAGGCUGUUGUUUGUGAUGUUACUCUGAGUGUGUAUCCACACCGGGCAGGCUUGAAAAAAAUGCCUGGUUACGGUGGGAAUCGAAUCUACGACCUUUGGAAUACUAGCCCAAUGCUCUGCCAACUGAGCUACGCGGUCAGGUUGGUUAGAGUAUGUGAUAUUUUGGAACUGAGUCUAUAGUUCCUUCGAUAUCAAUGUAAUAAAAUAAUCAUGAUAUUUGCUGUGUUGGUGUAAUAAAGGACUUGGUGGAGGAGAUACCAUAUGUAUAUUGGUGCGAAACAUUUUGAAACCUUCAUUUAACCAUAAAAUUUGUUGAAUGGUUUUCUAACGGUGCGAAAUAAUAUCACAAUGCUUGGCGGCUUUUUGUGAACACAAAUUAAUUUGUUUUGAACGGUUAGUUUUUCAUACUCCUUGCAGAACAAACAUCACGUGUUUUAAAAUAGUAAACUCGAAUGCUUUUCGUUUAAUUUUCGUUGCUGUCCUUGAAUUAUUUCGCAUGGUUUUGCAUAAAUGCUGUUCUUAUGGCCUAAUGCGAGCACAGGGAAAUUGUGUUGGUAUUAUUUAAACCUCUGUAUUUAAACUAAAUGAAACGGGUGAAUGAAACUUGUACACGAGCCGAAAAUAAUGUUAAAUAAACCAUUAAGACUUGGUAUUUUCUUUCACUAUAAAAGCGGCAUAUUUUUUUAAGGUAUUGGCACAGAUCUCUAAAUCCAAAGAAGCUUGUCGACUGCAAAUUUUCUAAUCUCAGUAGAAAUAUGACCAUGUCCAGAUCAAUAAAGUUGUAUAAGUUACCAGACGUAAGUGGGUUUUCUGUGUAUUCAACAUGUUAAUUCAAAGCAUGUAUAUGCGUUUCUACCCGAUAAUCAAAGUUGCAAUGAUUGCAAUGGAUCGUCACUUCAACUGCCAUCAGGACUUUUUUAAGUGUUGUAUUGUUGUCAACAACAGACGAUUUACUCGCCAAAGACUGGCAAAGAUAUUGAUGAUAAAUGGGAUAAUUAUAAUAACCAUAACUACAGUGUGUGUUGAGUAUAAACAUCAGAGGGGUUUCACUCGACAAGGUAUAUAGUCCUUAAUUGGUAUAUACAGUAUAAAAUGAUUAAAUAUUUCCUAACAUUGUUUUAUUUCUAGGAAAUCACCAUAGAAAAUCUACGUCCAUUUGAAGAAAGUGAUAUAGAUGAUGCAUAUAUAAUAGUUAAAGAGGUGUGUACCAAUGGUUUAUUCAGGGAUGGAUCCAGCAUGAUCUGGUAGGGGGGGGGGAGGAUGGUCUGGUGCCGACUGCCGAGUUGGGUCGGUCAUGUGUGCCGCCUGUCCAUCAACUACUGUAUUUGAAUUGUAAUUGUUGUUCACAUGCAGUUCACUUAUCAUCAUGUUAUUAUUCAAAUUACUGUAUCUCAUUUUGUCUUUUUUGCUUUAUCAUAAAAAAUAGCACCCCCCCCCCUGCACCCCCUCUGGCCAGCCCCCCAACCCCAGUAAAUCCAUCCCUGGAUUUAUUGUAUUUAUAUUGACCUAUAUAGGGUGUAUCAAUAAAACAGAAUCCAUCUUUUAUGCUUAAUAAUUUUUGGAAUACUAUAGACUUUGUGAAAUGAUUUAGAUCUUGUUGUAAAGUUUGUUUCCCAAACCCAAUCCGUAAUGCAUGUAAAGUUAGCAAAUAAAUUGAGAGUAUAGUACAAAUUAGUGAGUAAAUAAACUAAUUUCUUUAUACAUAUCGAUUUGUUAUAGCAUGCAUCUCAAAUUUUAGCUUCUCUCAUAUCAGUCACUCAAAAUAUUUUUCGCGAAUGGACCAUUUGCAUUAUAGACUAAAUUUUGAUCUCAACAAGUCUAGACAAAAAUUUCAUCACAGCUUGAAAGAGCAUCACAAAAUUAGUAAUAUUCCAAAGUUUCGUUGCGAAAUGUUGUAAAAUGCGGAUAAUAUAGCCCUGCGAUGUUUGCCGUUUUUCAGUCAUUUUGCAUUAUGCUGGGGGAAAUUGACAGCCCAAUACCCUUUGAGGUUGUCAAUUUCCCGUUUGUAAUAUAUAGAAAAUGACUGAAAAACGGCAAACUUCGCAAGGUUAUAUUAUGCGCAUUUUACAACAUUUCGCAACGAAACUUUGGAAUAUUACUAAUUUUGUGAUGCUCUUUCAAGCUGUGAUGAAAUUUUUCGGUCUAGACUUGUUGAGAUCAAAAUUUAGUUUAUAAUGCAAAUGGUCCAUUAGUGGUUCAAAUUGAAAAUGUAACCAACCGUUUAAAAGCUGAAUAACUAAAUUGUGGUGAUCAGAAAUUAAAUAUUAAAAUUUUGUUAUGUUCAAUUAUUUGCGAAAUUAAUACAUAUUUAAAUUAUUCAUCCUGUAGACGAAGAAAUCAUUCUCCGUCAGUGUUUACACUAUUAGGUCACAAAUUCAAAACUUCUAGUUAUUUUCAUUAUAUAGAAAGUUGUUAUUUGUCCGGUCACGGAAACCAACGAGCUUUGGUUAUUUGUCUUUGAAUUAAUUUGAUUGGUUUAUGUAAAUGGUCACCGGUUGUUUCACACACCCUUCCCUAACCCUAACUGAUCGGCGCACCUGCUCGCCGGUCGAUACGCGCUUCUGGCGCGUACAAGGCGAGAGCCUUGAUUACUUGGCUACCGAGGAUUUGCUUGAAAAUUAGCUAAUGAAAUUUACUUGAUGCCAUUCUAGCAAGGUGAUAGAACGAAGAAAUGAACCAAUGAAAUUAAUUCACGGACGAAUAGCCAAAGUCAUUGAACUUAUAGUAAACUGGAAGGUUAACUCCUAUGGUAAAGGCCUAUGAUUCGUUGAAGCCGACGCACGGGAAAAUCAGCUUUCAAAAGGACUAAGGAGAGUUUCGAGGAGUGAGAAAAAUUCAGACAAAAGUUUGUUUAAGCAAAAAUUUCCAAGAAAAACUGUUUUCCAUGGGAAUACUGCAAUGAUUGGAAUUCAAACCUGGUUUUCCGAUUAGUUCCGACUGUUUUACAUCUAUCUGCAGUAAGAAGUGAGGAGUUUUACUUUUGUAUUUUGAAAAAAUAACGAAAGUUUGGACGUGCCGAAGGAAACUUCGCUCUUCAACUUCAAAAAAUAUACUAUAAAACAAUUUGACAGUCCCAAAACUUAUUUUGUAAUAAACCCCACAUAUUGUUAUUUAUCCUAAGCUUUUUAGUCCUUGUUUUAUUUUUUCUAAAACAUGAAUAAAUUGACGUUUUUCAAGUGGUGUUAUUUUCGGCAUCGCAUCUUCUUGUUGGUCAUUUAUUAAAUAUAAGCACUUUGAAUAUGGCAGCAUGCAAGUCAGCUUUGAUGAUAAUUUUUUAUCUGUUAAAAGUAAGUCGUGGGUACUUGAAAAGCAAUUAUCAAAUGCAUCUAAUAUUUUUCUACAUAAAUUGUAUUAUAAUAUUUCCCAACUCUUUCUGGAAAGCCUCAUAACUCAGAACAACCAAAUAUUUUCGCGCGGUCCCCUGACAAAUUUUGUUUUGGUUCUGUAAUAUUCCUGUAGUUGAACGAUUUUUGUUUAUUGUGAGUACUUGAGUGAAAAGUUUACCUGUCUUUGCAUGCUCUAAGGGCGGAUUUCCAGUCCUCGCACGAAGCUCAUCGCAGUUCGUUACGAGUGCUUGCAUCUAAUUAAAAUUAACUGUUUAGCAUUGUGAUUGGAUAAAAGCAGGGCGCUUAUAUAUAUAUAUAUUUAUAAUAUAGCAUUUGUAAAUUCUGAACGCUGAAACGUCGGAAACUUUCUUUUUUUAUAUAUUUCUUUGCGCUAUAUUAUAAAACAAAUAUAAAACAUUUUUUUCCGUAUUGAUAUAAAGUUAUAUCAACACUCGUGGAAAUUGGGAAAACUCGAAAUUAACAAUUUCUCGUUUUGCCAAUUUCCACUCGUGUUGAUAUAUCAACACGGAAAAUGUUUUAUAUUUGUUAAAUAUAAGCGCCCUGGAUAAAAGUGCUGAUGCACGCACUCGCAGCGAGCUGCGAGGAGCUUCGUGCGAGGAUUGGAAAUCCGCCUUAAGAUGAAAAAAGGAAGGGUGAAAUAAAAUUAAAUGGGUAAUCUUGGAUACUUUUCGAUAUAAAAAGUGUAUUUUUCAAAAAAGAAUUGUAAAAAGGGACUAGCACUACCUACAAAGCUUUUCCAUUAUUCCAGUUUACUUAUAGUUCCAUGGCCAAAGCUCGAUGGUUUCUCCGACCGGACAAAUAGCCACUUCCUUUUCAUUAUGCACCUUCUUUGGAGUAAGAAAUUACUUCUGGCAAAUCGAUUUGUUUUCAAAGAUACCGAACGAACUGUAAUGGCCAUGGCCUUCUCUCCUCCGCAGAGGCUUCUGUUGGCUAUGACUACGAUUAGUAUUGAAUACAUUUCACUACACUUUACAUGGCGGAUCUUGGAACGAUAAAGCCUCUGCGGAGGAGAGAGGCCAUGGCCCAUGCGUGGUCUUUGAAUGAAUAAUCUAAAAUAUGAAAUAAACUUACUCUCAAUAUGAAUAAUUUUCCUAAAACCAAACAUAUGUUGUUUGGAUCGAGGCAAAGGAAAAAUACUUUUCCUGAAAAUCGUAUCUUUGAAAUGGAUGGAAUUGCGAUAGAUCGGAAAAAUCCGGCAGGAAAUUUUUUUACAGUACACUUUCCAGGAAAUUUUUGUCAUCUUAGGCCUGUUUCAUACGUCGAAUUUAAUUCAGACGAAUUUAAUUCGUUAUUAAAUUCGUCAAUUGGUCGACACUAAAAUGGUUUCGUUUCAAACGACGAAUUUAAUUCAGACGAAUUCAUUUCAUGUCUAGCGAUCAUGGAUUACCCAGAAGUAAAAAACCACGAGACCAGAAAGAGAGAAACAGACUUUAACAUAAUUUAUGCAUUUAAUUCGACACGACGAUAACACGUCGGAUGAAACGAAGACGCGCUACAGACGUUGUAUCCGUCUGACCAUGACGGAUACAACGUCUUGGACGAAUUUAAUUCAUCAGACGGAUUUAAUUCGUUUCAUACGACGCACUAACGUCGCAUUUAAUUGGUUCAAUUAAAUUCGUCUGAAUUAAAUUCGACGAUAGUGCGACGUAUGAAACGGGCCUUAGAUACUGGAAUGCAUUAUAAUUUACUUAUAUUGUUUAAUAUAUUUUUAUGUAGUAUCUUUCGAAAUUUGCAUUGGCGCCUGUGUUAAGUAAGGUAAAAUGGCAAUUUAUUAUGUAACCGCGGGCUUCGGGCUUCUACGUUACUGUUCUGUUAAUAUGAAAUUUUAUAAAACGUGGUCGUACCAUUGAAAUGAAUAUAACUGCAACGCUACCUUCAGAUUAGCCUCCUGCGCAGACGUUGUUAGUGGGUCUCGGCCACUAACAACGUCUGCGCAGGAGGCUACCUUCAGAUAAGCCGCCUAUCUUUUUCUUGAAGUCAAAUCUUGACCUCCAGACGCGCGUGUGUCAUAUGCAUGAUUGACUGAUUGAGCGCUCUUCGCGUGCGGGAAAAGACUGGGGCUGCCUUCAACAUUCCAGUUAUAUUCAUUUCAAUGGGUACAGACAAAUGGGUGGGUACCAACAUGGCCAAUCAUGUUACGGUAUAUGGAAACUCGGCUGAAGAUUUAUGCACGUUGUAGACGUGAUCUCAGCAUAAAAUUUCAUCUCAUAAUAAACGCUUUGAAGUGCGUCUAGUCCCCAGACCGAUUGAGUAUGAUGCCAAACUGCCCUUGCUGUGUAAGUGUUUUUUCAUCUUCGCUAGACCACAAUUGGCAUCACGAUUCAAGAUGUCACUACCAAAAGUAAAUGUACUGUAAUUAAAAUAUGAACACCAGAGGAUAUUACUUGCAUACACUGCAUUAGCAAGGGUCAAAUAAUUUAUUAUUUUCAGUGAAAUGCUAUAUAUGCUAAAUAGUUAUUAAUAAUAUUGUGCCAAAUUUUAGGAGGAAUUUGCGCACUGGUUUAUGCCAAUCGAAGGUGUCAUGAACUGUUACGUUGUUACGGUUUGUAUUUUUGACCCAAUAUUUAACAAUUAUUCGCCGAAGGCGAGCUGAUUAUCGGGGAAUAUUCGCCGAGACGAAGUCGAGGUGAAUAUUCCCCGAUAAUCACCAAGCCUGAGGCGAAUAAUUGUUUUAGUAUUUUUGCUCAAGUUUUUUUUGUGUGUUUUUCUGGUCUGAAUUCAUUUUAAUUUCGCUUAUUUCUUUAUCACUAUUAACUUCAACGAAACGGCUAGCCGCUAUUUUGAAAAUUUCGAUUUUGUUAUAUUCACCUGUAGGUGAAUAUAACAGAUUAAUACGUCAAAUUUGACCAAUCACCUUGUAGGAUUUGUUAUGUUCACUUGUGCAAAAAUACUAAUUAUUAAAAUUAUAACUGGAAUGCCAUAUAAUAUAAUUAUUGCUUCCAAAAGCGUUUAGCAAGUCGAAAUCGUCUUGUGCCGAGAUUGAAGUUUAUCACAAUGUGCGGCACUAUAUGUUCUCUGAAAUCCACAUAGACGUUUUAUAGACGAUAUUUUAUUGUAUUUAGAACGAUGAUGGAAAGAUAACGGAUUUAAUCAGUUACUAUACUCUCCCAUCAACAAUAAUGAAUCAUCCUGUUCAUAAAACACUGAAAGCAGCUUACUCUUUCUAUAAUGUUAGUACGGUAACCCCGCUGUUGGAGUUAAUGCAACAUGCGUUAAUAUUGGCUAAAAAGGUAAGAUGUUGAAAUGUACAAUUGUGUUGAAAUGCUUAACACACGUGUGUGUUUGUGGAAAGCAUUACAAUCUUGAUUAAAAUUGACCCAUGUGAUAUUGACCUGAUUUACCUGUACUAGAGACGGAUCAUAUGUACGAAGAAAGCUGCGGAUGGAUAGAUAGGGAUACAACUACUAGUCCUUGUAUUUUUCUUUUCCUUCUUAAGAAGUUCUCUUUGCAUUUUUCAGGUAGUUGUAUUCCUAUCCAAUAUCCAUCCACAGCUUCCUUAUUAUUGGCACUACCCUCGCUGGCACAGACCGUUUAGGAUUUCCGCAGGCCUCUCUAUGGGUGUUAGCCUGCGAAUGGGUUUUGAAAAAAAAACAUUUUCUAAGAAAAAAAUUUCCGGCCACCCGAUUCCUCGGGUGAGAUGCCUGCGGAGGAGGUCAUGUCAGCUACUGUAUUUAAAUUGUAAUUGUUGUUCACAGUUCGCUUAUCAUCAUGUUAUUACUCAAAUUAUCUCAUUUUGUCUCUAAUAUUCUUUUUGCUCUAUCAUGCAAAAUAGAACCCCUCCUGAACCCCUUCUGGCCACGGCUAGGGGGUUGCGCCCCCCAGUAAAUCCAUCCCUGAAUUUAGGCAUCCGAUUCGUGGAUUUCGCUUACGACUUGAUAUUUACGCGGUGUUGAACCUCUUUGCCUUUGAAUGGGGGUAAGGACUUGGUCUCUGGCAAUUUUGCAUAUCGGAGCAUUCAGCAUUGUACUAGUAUCCCAAAUGUCGCGGGUUCGAUUCCCACCGUGGCCAAGCAAACUUUUCAGCUUGCCCGGUGUGGAUGCACACUCAGAGUAACAUCACAAACAUCAUAUCCACCUGAGUACAUAACACCAACACACACAAAUAUUAGUACACUUUGUAUUUUCGAUAGCUUAUUGAGAAUAAAUUCACAUUCUGGUAUUAGCCAAAUAAGUUAUUUUAUUGAAAUUUGACCGUCCUUCAUUAAUGGAGAUAACAAAAUUUCUUAGACAAUGGCGAAAACAAAGGCCUGGCGGCAUUAGAUUGUAAAAUAUUAGUAUGACCCCUUAAAAUAUUGUAUGACGCCAUCAAGUACAAUAGUAUACAUAAUUUACAGAUUUUUGGAGGCCUUCCGCAACUGACUCGUACGCGUACCAUAGAUAUCUUAUAUACACUAGAUAGUGCAGCUAAUUAUUCUGCAAUUCAAAAAUUGAAGCCGUGAUUGCAGUCUCAGGUCGUUCCCAUGAAAUGAGAGAAGAUUCGUAUAUUUCGUAUUUCUUAAACCCUGUUGAGCAACGGUCUCGGCGUUUUUUGCUGUGUAAAAGAGAUGCGCUAUCUAAUGUAUAUAAGAUAUCUAUGACGCGUACCCUGUCGUCAAAGCUAUAAAUUAUAAUAUAAUCUUGAACUGUCUGCCAGUGUUGGUAGGGAUGCAACUACCUGAAAAUACAGUAUAAGGAGAAUUUCGACGUUUCGAGCGAAAGCCCUUUGUCAGUAUAAACUCCAGACGAAGGGCCUUCGCUCGAAACGUCGAAAUUCUCCUUAUACUGUAUUUUCAGGUAGUUUCAUCCCUACGAACGAAAGCUUGUUCAAAUUAUAAUAUAGACCAGUGCACUGAAGAGUGUGAUGCAUGAUAAUCGACCUUCAAAAGUCGCCUUUUGUUCAAGUGGACCAGUAUACGUCUCAUACAAACACUGGUUGGUUUUAUUAUGUUUUGAGUACAACUUAUGCAGGCGUGGAUAGUGUAUUUUCGUGUGUACACCGAAUUUAAGAUUCCCUGCAUUGUAAAUAUGCAUAAAAAGUUCCUGUGAAGAUUUUUGAUAAAAAUCUCCUGGCAGUGGUGCCACCAUGUUCCAACGUUGAUUGCCAACGUUUCUUAUGAAUACGUUUCAGGCUGGAUUCGAUGUCUUCAAUGCGCUUGACCUCAUGGAUAAUAAAGAAGUUCUUGAGAAACUAAAGUUUGGAAUAGGAGAUGGUAAUUUGCAGUAUUAUCUGUACAAUUGGAGAUGUCCUUAUAUGGAAUGUGAAAAGGUUCGUUCUCUAUAUUAAUACUGUACAUACAACAUUACUGAAUGAUUUAAACACGUGAUUUAAACAACUGUGGUGAAACGAUAUGAAGAAAAUUCGCGCACCAUAGAGUAAUAGAGUAAACGAAUAAUCUCAUAAACAUAAAUCUAUUAUAAAUCUAUUUUUUACAACAUCAUGUUUUUGUGGUUUUAUUUAGGUUGGUUUGGUACUCCAAUAAUUAUUGCUGUUCUUACUCAAGUUCUUUCAUGGGACGGUUUUGCCAUCGUGCAUGAAUUAAGAAAUCAUCCUGAAGUGACAGAAUCGUCGAAGGAAAAUUUAAAAAUGUGAACUAAACUGCUCCCCAUUGCUCUCACGGCCAUAUUUGAAGAGGGAGGUCUAGGUUGUUUGAACUUUUACAUUUGUUUGAUCAUCUUUGCUGGACGAAACAGUGAUAUGUAGUGUAAAGAUUUGAUAUAAUACGAGCGAUAAAAGAAGAUGAGCUCAUAUCAUUCUUCCACCGUUAUUACAAUUUAAAAAUUACACGAGAUGAUGUCGGUGCAUAACGGGUUAGGAUUGAGGAUAGGGUUAGAUUUUUCGUCGAUGUUAUAACAUCAAUUGCGAUAAUGCUAUGCAGGGCUUAUCAGAGAAAUUCGGGGGCCCGGGGCAAAAUUUUUUUUUGGGUGCUCUAUUUUUUCCCAAAAAUGUUGGCGAGCGGGGAUUUUUUCCGGACAUUAAUAAAAAAGGUCAAGAAAAAUAUUGAUUGACCGAUCGCGCAACAAUCGGAAAUUACUGAUUCCGAUUAUUCCAAGUCAUAAUCGACCCGAUUUUAAUUGUUAAAACCAUCCAAAUGACGUCGCUUAAGCUAAUAAACGUAAAUUGGUGUAAGCAACCUUGCUUCCUUGCCAAACGCUACUAAAACAUGAAUGCAAACCAAACUAGAAAUCAACAUCAGACUAUUUUAAGAACUUUUACAUUUUUCUAUUUCAAUUUAGCAGCCUCUAAACCGUUGUCGUACUUUCAUAUUAGAUAGCUUAAGAUCUACGACGUCGACGUCAGCUAGGACGUCAGGGCUAUGCAGAGGACUGGGACUAGGAUGUCGUCCUAAUGUAGUCCCAGUCCUCCGCUUAGCCCUGACGUCUUAGAUGGCGUUGACGUCGUAGAUCUUAAGCUAUCUAUUAAUUGGUUUAUACAAUUGGAAAACACGACAACUUUUACCAAUACUGUUGUCGGUCAAUCACUUACGAUAUGAGCUCAUUCUCGAUCAUCGCCUCGUAUUUGCCAGGGUUAUCCUUGCACUAUACUAUGGAGCACUUUCAUUAAUUACUGCCAAUUUAGAAUUCUGAAACGAUGAUUUUCAUUGGCAAUUGUUUUUGUGCCCAAAACAAUGGAAUUGCUUCGUUCUUUAGAAAAUGUUCGUAAUUUGAGCUGCGACAUUGAAUAUAGAACCUUCCGGAAAGUACGUCACUUUGGCUAUAGAGCCUCGUUUUCGCGAUUGUGAGGCUUGGGUUUAACUAAUCUUGCAUACACGGAAACGAGGCUGUACAUAAUGACGUAAUUUCUGGAAGGGUGUAUUGGGUUAAAGUUAUUCUGAAAUGGUAACAUGACAGGGAAACCAGUUGGGCCACUUUGUAUACACAUAAGAAUUUAAAUAGACAAUCGAAGAUAUCACAUAUCGCUUUCAUCUCAACGCGUUUUGUUUUAAGAUGUUAGAAAAUUACUCGUAUACUAAUAUGGGCGAUGGGUAGUAGCUUUUAAUAUACGCACUAUCGUGCAGGAGAUGGUCAACCGUUGUCGGUGAUGUUAAUUCUUUUCAGCAAAUAAAAUCCUGCAUCAUUUAAAAGAUUAAAAGAUGUGUAGUUCAAUUUUAACCUUGUACCCAUGACCCGGC